GGGAGAGAGAGAGAGAGAGAGAGAGGAGUAUAUCAGAAGGCUCAGUGGCUUUACCUGUUUCCCUGAUUUUGAUGCAUUGAGGAGGAGAAAAACUGAAAUAUAAUAAACAAGAAAAAAUAUACAGAGAGAUGAGUGUUUUGUAGAGCAAGUUUUGAAGUCUCCUUCGCUUUGUUAAUGUCUCUGUCUCCCUUGCAUUUGGUUUUUCUUCUCUCCCUAUCUUAUCUGUGAAGUUUUUAGAGGAGAAGACCAGUAAGGAGAUGUUGGUUUUCUUGCUAGAGGAUUGAGGUCUAUGGAUAAUGCUGAGUAAGGGAACACAUUACAUAGGUAAGGUGAUUGCAUGUUAAUCUAAUGGCUGAUCCUGCUUUGGAGUCCUAUUUUGAGUCUGAUACAUUGGGCUUCAGACAUAUAAGCAGUUCACUUUUCAGUAUUCCCAGUUUCCUCAUCGGAUUUAGUGCUAAAAGUUCAUCAGAUUCUGACUCUGUUAGGAGCCCUACAUCUCCUCUGGAUUUCAAACUUUUUGCAAAUCUUAGCAACCCAUUCAGUGUCAGGUCUCCUAGAUCAUCAUCCCAAACUAACUACCGAAAGAAGUGGGAUUGCAAUAAGAUAGGCCUGGGCAUUGUGAAUUUGCUUGCUGAUGAACUUAAACCAUAUUGUGGAGAUCAUGAUUCACCUAGGAGAAAGAAUAUAAUAUUUGGACCAGAGGUGAAUGCUAAAAUUUAUAUUUCCUCAAGGAAUUCUCAUCAUGAGUUUGAUUCUUCUUUCAAAUCCAAUUCUUUGCCUAGGAACUACGCUAUUUCAUCAUUUCCCCCAGGCAGAACUCCCAACACCCGAUCAGGGGAAUCUAGUGUUGUCUUUGAAAGUGAGAGAGUCCAACUAGAACCUAAACUGGUUAGAAGCACUGCUUCUUGCUUUCCAGAUUUCAAUAGGCUUCCCUCUUCUCUGAUUAAGUCUCCUAAAAGCUCCAGCUUGACUUCUGGAAGUUUCUGUUUAAUGAAUGGAACCCCUGUUGACAGUUCAGCUUUGCCAAUUGGCAGAGGUUCACUAGUUGAUGAUUCUUCAGUAACUAAACCUAGUUCACAUCCUAUUCCUAUCUGUUCUCUCUCAGCACAACAGAUAGAGCUCUCAGAGGACUAUACUUGUAUAAUCUCUCAUGGUCCAAACCCCAAAACAACUCAUAUUUUUUGUGACUGUAUUUUGGAAUGUCACAAUGAGUUGACCAAUUUUGACGAUGAAGAGCUGGGGUUCAGGGUGGAAUUUCCUCCACUGCCUAAGUUUCCGGAGGGUUCAACCACUUACCCCUCUGAGGAGUUUUUGAGUUUCUGCUACUCAUGCAAAAAGAAACUGGAAAAGGAUGAAGACAUUUAUAUAUUCAGAGGUGAGAAAGCAUUUUGCAGUUUUGAUUGCCACUCUGAGGAGAUUUUUCCUCUGGAAGAAAUGGAGAAAACCUGCAGUAAUUCCUCCAAAUGUUCUCCUGAACCAAGCUACCAUGAAGAUCUCUUCCUGAUGGGUUUGCCCAUCAUCACCUAAUAAUAAUCAAGAAUAGCUUUCCCCCAGCCUUCCAUGCCAAUAUUGAUGAAUGAGCUUGCUGCAAAGUUAAAUGCCUGGAUCAUCUGUUCUCAAAGAGCUGUUUGUCUAAACCUGUUUUGCAGCCAUGGAUGACCGCAGUGCACAUCAUGCAUAUAAAAAAUUGUGUUUCAGCUCUCAUGGCAUUGGUGAGUCAUGGGUGAUAGUACUGGUACAAUAAAAAGAGUUUCAUUUAGUCGGGAAAUAGAUAUGAUAUUAGACUGUUGUUGCUUAUAAUUUUGACGUGAUGAGUUAGUAGUGGUGAGAAACCCCUGCUUAUCAGCUGUCUAUUUUGUUGUAAUUUUCUCUUACCUUUGUCCUUGAGGGUUGACAUUGUUCUAUGUAUUUGACAUUUGCAUAAUCAAUGACAUCCAUUUCC